AUGGCGUGUAGGAGUACUCUUAAAUCAGUUCUAAUAGAUUUAAGUGGAACUUUACAUAUAGAAAAUGAAGUAACUCCGAAUGCUGUAGAAGCUUUAAAAAGAUUAAGAUCCACCAAUCUCAAAAUUAAAUUUGUUACCAAUACUACCAAAGAAUCUCGGAGAAUACUUCAUGAAAGACUAACUAAACUAGGCUUUGAAAUCAAACAAGAAGAAAUAUUUACUUCAUUAUGGGCAGCAAGGGACUUAGUGAAGAGUGAGUCUCUGAGGCCAUUAUAUUUUCUAGAAGAUGCUGCUAUGGAAGAUUUUGAAGGUUUGAAAUUUGAAGAUAAUCCGAAUGCUGUGGUCAUUGGUCUGGCACCAGAUAAAUUUAACUGGAAUAAUUUAACCACAGCUUUCAGGCUGCUUCUAGAUGGAGCUAAACUAAUUGCAAUUCAUGCUGCCCGGUAUUACAAAGCUCCAGAUGGACUAUCCCUCGGCCCAGGUCCAUUUGUGAAAGCAUUAGAAUAUGCAUCAGGAACGAAGGCAUCUAUUGUUGGCAAACCAUCAGCUAAUUUUUUCCGUGCCGCUCUUGAUGAAACAGAACCUACAGAAGCUGUAAUGAUUGGUGAUGAUGUCAAAGAUGAUGUUCAUGGUGCUCAAGCUCUCGGAAUAAAAGGAUACUUAGUUAAAACUGGUAAGUAUCGUGACAGUGAUGAGAAUAAAAUUGAUCCUGCUCCAUACAGAACAGUAAAUAAUUUUUCUGAGGCUGUAGAUGACAUAGUUUCUUCACUUAAAAAGGACAGCUAA